AUGAAUGGCCGUUUGUCUUCUUAUUAAUUAAAUUGUGAAAUUAAUAUCGAAAAGGAAGCUACUGAAAUGGCAUCAAGAAUUAUGGAUCGUUUCCGUUAGAAACAAAAUUUUAGAUCUUGCCAAAAACUCUCAAUUAAAGGUGAUGGAUUUCGAUCAAGUGAAUAUUAACCAAGGUUAACAGAAGUUUAAUCAAUACGAAAUGGAACAAAUUCAAUAGUAUAUAGAAAUGAAAUUAAAUAUAACUUAAAUAUCAGAUAACCUCAUAAUAACUUUGAAUAAAUACCAAAACAUAUUGAAAUAAUAAAAAAAUCUCAUAAUUUGUAAAUUCAAUAAUCAUAAGAUAUAAAAGAUAAUUAUUAAAAAUCUAUAAAGUUUAAUAAUACUCUUGAAUCUUAAUAUUAAUCUAAUAAAUCAAAUAACACUAAAUUAAUUAAAUUAAUGUAAUCAAUCAUUAUAUAUAUUAUUAGGAAAGCAUGA